GUGUGAAUUGUAUUAAAAAUGUAUUUCCUUUGCAGUUAAUCUGAGCGGAAGGGGAAGAGUUGAUAUGUCUAACUUUGAACUGCUUAAAGUGCUUGGCACCGGUGCCUAUGGAAAGGUAUUCCUCGUGAGGAAAGUGGGUGGACAUGACAGUGGAAAGCUAUAUGCAAUGAAAGUCCUCAAAAAGGCGUCUAUUGUUCAGAAGCAAAAAACAUUAGAGCACACGAAGACUGAACGACAGGUUCUCGAAUCCAUAAGACAAUCGCCAUUUCUAGUGACACUUCAUUAUGCCUUUCAAACGGCUACUAAAUUACAUCUAAUUCUCGAUUAUGUAAGUGGAGGCGAACUGUUCACUCAUCUGUACCAACGCGACCACUUCAACGAGGAUGAGGUGCGCAUAUAUAUCGGUGAAAUCAUAUUAGCACUGGAGCACCUUCACAAACUCGGUAUCAUUUACCGCGACAUUAAACUAGAAAACAUUUUACUCGACUCUGAGGGACACAUAGUUUUGACUGAUUUUGGUCUCAGCAAAGAGUUUCUGCCGCACGAAACGGAUUUGAGGACAUAUUCAUUCUGUGGAACAAUUGAAUAUAUGGCGCCUGAAGUUGUAAGAGGCGGCUCUACUGGUCAUGAUUUUAGCGUUGACUGGUGGAGUGUAGGAGUGUUGACGUACGAGCUGUUGACCGGCGCCUCUCCGUUCACUGUAGAGGGAGAGAAGAACACUCAACAGGAGAUCUCCCGGAGAAUACUGAAGAGUCAUCCGCCAAUCCCAGAGCACCUGUCCUAUGAGGUGCAGGACUUGAUUAGACACACACUAGUGAAGGACCCGCGCAAACGGCUGGGCGGGGGAGUGGACGACUCGUUAGAAAUUAAAAAUCAUCCCUUCUUUAAGUCAAUUAAUUGGGAAGACUUAGCGAACAGACGUAUUAAAGCGCCGUUUGUGCCAAAGAUUAUGGGAGAACUGGAUGUCAGCAACUUUGCCGAAGAGUUCACAUCAAUGAUUCCGACCGACUCUCCCGCUGUCAUCCCUGCAAACGAUGAGAAGAUAUUUAAAGGCUAUUCAUAUGUCGCGCCGUCUGUUCUGUUCAGUGAGAAUAUCAUAUCCGAUGACAUAUUUGUCGACAGAAAUCAUUUUCAUCCGAAGAAGUCAUUGUUUCCUAAUAACAAUAAUAACUGCAAAGAUCUCCUCACCACUCAGUCCGAUGACAAAGAUUUCUCUCAACUCUUGUCCUCAAAAUUCAAAAACUCUUCAUUUUUCCAAAACUAUGAUUUGAAGAUAAACGCAGGAAUUCUGGGCGACGGAAGCUUUUCUGUGUGUCGUAAAUGUGUCCACAAAAAGACCGGAAUUGAAUACGCGGUUAAAAUAGUGAGCAGAAAGAUCGACACCAGUCGAGAGAUCCAACUGCUGAGGACAUGUCAGGGCCACCCGAAUGUGGUUAACCUCAUGGAUGUGUUUCAGGACGAAGUGCACACAUAUAUUGUGAUGGAGUUGUGUGGCGGCGGAGAACUGCUCGACAGGAUUCGCAAGAAGGAUAGGUUUACUGAAGUAGAAGCCGGACAUAUCUUCAGAGGACUGGCCUCUGCGGUGGCGUUCAUGCAUUCCAAAGGCAUUGUUCACAGAGACUUGAAACCUGAGAAUCUCCUUUUCGUAAACGACUCGCCGACGAGUGAAGUAAAAGUGGUUGACUUCGGGUUUGCUCGCUAUCAGCCCACAGAUAAUCAAUUGAUGAAAACUCCGUGUUUUACGCUUAACUAUGCGGCGCCCGAAGUCCUGAAACAAGCGCUCAAUUCAAAGACAGACCCGGGAUAUGAUGCCAGUUGUGAUAUGUGGAGCUUAGGAGUGAUUCUGUUCACAAUGUUGUCCGGAAGUGUUCCCUUCCAGUCGUAUAGUCGUGAGGCGAGUGCCGCCGCUAUUAUGCAACGCAUACGAGAGGGAGAGUUCUCGUUCUCUGCCCCGCAAUGGGAUCUCGUCUCAAAUCAGGCCAAGAAUGUGAUCAAAGGCUUGUUGACAGUCGACCCCAAACAGAGGAUAACUAUGAAUGAAGUGUUGUCUCACCCCUGGGUUGUCGGUCAGCUGAAGGGCGGUUACUCGAACACUCCGUUAAUGACACCCGACGUGUUGAGUAGCCACUCGAGCACAAGUAGAGCGACUGAGACGGCUCUUAAAGCCACUUUCGAUGCCUUUCAUAUGGCAAGACUUGAAGGCUUCCGACUGUUGGACGUUUCGGCCGCACCGUUGGCUCAAAGACGUAAACUCAAAAAGAGUUCGACCGAUGCCCGCAGUAGUAGUUGCAGUAGCGGCAGCUCAUUAUCCCUCCCUCGCAGUCAACACAACAGCAGUUCAUCGAGUUCUUCGACAUCACAACGAACCCACUCCUCAUUGACGACACCGACAAGUCUUCGGCAAACGAGUGAUGUCAGCGAUUCGGUGUUCAACUACUCCGAGUCCAAAGUGUCGGCCUAUCUGUCAGGUCUGCCAACUAUUAGUGAUUCAACGGAAGCACAACUACUUCUAAGUCAUAAUCUCUUCGAAGAACCGAUCACUUCAUCCAACUUUUCCACAAUUAAUCCACUGUUAGAUAAUAACAACAACUCAGCGCUUGCGUGUCCCAUAUCUGCUUCGGUCGCUUCAAACCCUUCUAUUGCUUCAAACGUGUCGACCCUUUCAUCUCUUUCAUCGAAGAGAGAGCGGGACGAGAGC